AGAGGAUUUUCCCUUAAAAAAAAAACCCGUUUUCCCUUUUCUCGUUGGAGCCCUAGCGAGCUUCGUCGUCUCUCUCCUCUCCCAUCCUCGCUGUCGAUCUCUCUUUCAAAAUGAAGCUCGUAAGGUUUUUGAUGAAGCUGAACAAUGAGACGGUCUCAAUCGAGCUCAAGAAUGGCACCAUCGUCCAUGGAACCAUCACAGGAGUUGAUAUCAGUAUGAACACACAUUUGAAGACUGUGAAGCUCACAUUAAAAGGAAAGAACCCAGUUACACUUGAUCACCUGAGUGUUAGAGGAAACAACAUCAGAUACUAUAUUCUCCCUGACAGCUUAAAUCUUGAGACUUUACUGGUUGAGGAGACACCAAGGGUUAAGCCCAAGAAGCCAACUGCAGGGAGACCGUUGGGACGAGGGAGGGGAAGAGGCCGUGGUCGUGGACGUGGCAGAGGCCGUUAACUGCAUCUGCUUCAGUUUCUCUGAAUGCAGCAUUGGUUCUCUACUAAUGUCUAAUGGCAGUCUUUUAAUUUGCAAGAUAAUUGCACUUAUUAGCUGUAUUUCCUAUAACCAAUGACUGUGUUUUGGCGAGAUGUAGUAGUAGAUUUGGUAAUUUGGUAUCACUCAACUUUUGUUGUAAGUUUUCAGUAGACCAUACGACAAAAUUCACCCUAUUAGUUUUCAGAUUUGCACUUGGGGGGUGGGGGGGUAAGUGCUUCAACUGUUUGUUUCGUUUAGCUUGAAAAUUUUAAAGUUAUGUAUUUUCGUUGCCGAACACAGAGUAUUUACAUC